AUGCCAACCAAGCAGCACGGCCGCCAAUACGACUUAGUCGUCUUUGGCGCCACUGGAUACACGGGAAAUUUUGUCACGGAGCACAUCACGACCCAUCUGCCAUCCAAUUUGAAAUGGGCGGUAGCAGGUCGGUCAGAGUCUAAACUUCGACGCCUUGUUGCAGAAAACAAGAAGCUGAAUCCUGAUAGAGUGCAGCCAGAAAUUGAAAUCUGUGAUCUCAAAGCUGAGGAUCUCGACAAGCUUGCUAAAAAGACGUACAUUAUCAUCACUACUGUCGGCCCCUAUGCCCAGUAUGGCGAGUACGCGUUUAGAGCAUGCGCUGAGAAUGGCACACAUUAUAUGGAUGUCACCGGCGAAACACCUUGGACCGGCACGAUGAUCAACAAGUACGAGGGCGUAGCCAAGGAAACGGGGGCAAUGAUGUUUCCGCAGAUUGGCAUUGAGUCGGCGCCACCAGACCUUGUUACUUGGUUGCUCACGAAGCAGGUUCGCCAACAGCUCUCGGCCAAGACAGGUGCUGUGACUGUGUCUAUUCACCAGCUAGAUUCUGCCCCAUCUGGCGGUACCCUGGCCACGGCUCUUGGCCUGUUCGAGUCAUUCUCCAUCCAAGAGGUGAAAGCACAGCACAAGCCAUAUGCUCUCUCGCCAGUACCCAACCACAACAAGGUUCCGUCGCAGACAUCCCUUCUGACGAAAAUACUGGGACUGCGAAAUGUCCCUAAUCUGGGACUAAUGACUACGUCGAUCGCGGGCAUGACGGAUGCGCCUAUCGUCCAAAGAUCGUGGGGUCUGAUGGCGUCGCUUCCCUCACGCGAAAAGCAGUUCUACGGACCAAACUUUUCGUUCCAUGAGUACAUGAGGGCGAAGAGUUAUCUUCGUGGGAUAAUCAUCCACUGGGCCCUUGCUAUCUUUGGCCUGCUACUUGCAACGGCAGCUCCUUUCAGGAAAUUAGUUAGACUGUUUGUUUAUCAGCCCGGCCAGGGACCGGAUAGGGAGUUGGCCAAGAACGACGAGGUCGAGUAUCGUGGAAUUGCUGUCCCGGACAGGCAAUCCAAGACCGGAUACCCACAGGCUUACUGUCGCGCUUGGUACACUGGUAGCAUGUAUUAUUUAACGGGCAUAUUAGUCGUGCAAGCUGCAUCGACGCUGCUUGAGGAAGAUGUCGAAUUGCCUGGAGGCGUUUUCACAGCCGCAUGCUUAGGCCAACCGUACAUUGACCGUCUGCACAAUGCUGGCUUCAGGUUUGAGUCCAAAAUUCUUGAGCAUUAG